CCGUUCCUUCGGCGACUUUUGCGCUCUUCAGCCUUCUGGAAUUCAUCCGGCCUUCACACAUCCACAUCGAGCACGCUAAUCCAUUCCUCCUGAGCAGUCACACCUAGUGCGGCAGGAAACACCGCUAUCUCGGACCUACUUAUCUUGCUCCACCACGAAUCGGUCAAUUCCAGGCAAUCCCUGCAGGCGGGGUCGUUUUCGUCCGGCUGUGUGAUCAACAGCACCGGCGCUCAUUUGCAAAGGUCGAACUUUCUGCAGCUUUUAUAACACCCCAGAAAUCACCUUUCGGAUCAGGGAUACACGCCGAGGAAUCAUGGAAAUCGACCAGCCCGAUCGCACGAUGGACGCGCCAGACCAUUCCCGCCAGCUGGAGCUUCCUCCGAUUAUUCUCGGUGGUGCUGGGUUCAGUUACCAGAUCCAUCCGGAUCCAAAGAGCAUCCCAAUCCCCGAAAUUAUUCGCCGAGCGUUCGACGUGGGAAUGAGAGCAAUUGAUACAUCGCCGUACUACGAGCCAUCCGAGCAAUUACUAGGUGAAGCACUUGCCAGCCCUGAGGUGACCGACAAAUACUCCCGCAGCGAUUAUAUCUUGAUGACCAAGGCCGGCAGAAUAUCCGCCGACCAGUUUGAUUACUCCGCAGAAUGGAUUCAAAAGUCGGUUCAAAGGUCGUUGGAACGACUGGGCACUUCCUAUCUGGAUGUUGUUUUCUGCCACGACGUUGAAUUUGUCUCGAUGGAGGAAGCUAUCGAGGCUGUUGGUGCCCUUUUCGAGCUCUCUGAAAAAGGCCAAGUGAGAUUUGUGGGUAUCUCCGGUUACUCCAUCGACCGUCUGGUGCGCAUUGCGCAUACCGUUCAGAAACAAUAUAAUCGACCCCUCGACAUUGUCCAGAAUUGGGCGCAAAUGACCCUGCAGAACACCCGGCUGGAGCGGUACGGUAUUCCUGCCUUGCGUGGCGCCGGAGUCUCUACGAUAUGCAGUUCGAGUCCGCUAGCAUCGGGUCUAUUGCGAGCUGGCGAUGUACCCUCUGGCAAACUUGGAGAUUGGCACCCGGCGCCCGAUGGGCUUCGCAGCGCGGUGAAGCAGGCAUCUAACUGGGUUGAAAAGCAAGGGUCGACUCUGGCCGGCCUUGCACUUCGGUUCUCUCUUGCCAGGGCAAACAGAGCGUCCAAGGACGGGGUUUCUGUUCACACUAUUUUGGGAAUCUGCUCGCUCAGUGACAUUGAAAGCAAUGUCCACGCUGCGCAAACCAUUUUCCAAGCCAAACAAGAAUCAGAUGAAGUGGACAUUUCUGCUUUGCAAGAUAUCAACGAGGAAAUUGAACGAGUCGAUCUUGGGCUCUGCCACAGAGUCCGUGGCAUGUUGGGAGAAUGGGUGGAAUACGACUUUGAGACGGGUAAGAAGGAGUCGAAAGUGCCCCUGUGGCGGCGUCGCGAGUUUUUCGCAGUUGUAAUACUCUCUCUGCCUAUGCUGGUCUGGUCCAGUGGCUUCAACCCUGUUGCUUGGUGGCACAGAUGAUCUGGCAUCGCUUUGCUACCUUCUGGCUGGUUUAUGCGCGGAACUGUGAUGCAUCAGGUCCCUUCAAGAUUGACUGCACCGGACAUACUUCAAGCUAUUUUGGUACAUAUUGUACCUGCCUAGAAUUUAGAUUUUGGUUUUU